AGGUAUGUUUUGAUUUUAGCUGAUUAAUUUGUGUGUGUUAUCAUUAGAAGUAGUUGAUUAGUUAUGGUAGAAUUGUUCUUUCUCUCCUGUUUAAUAACAAGUCUUUAACUUUUUAGGCCUUAAAACAUACAGUUGUAGUAUUAAAUAUAAACAGUUGUAUUUUAAUUGUUAUUUUGUUUGAAACCUGUGUACAAUUGCAUGGCCACAUGUAAUUAUCUUGAUAAAUGAUUAAAGUCAGUUUAAUAAGUGACUAAAGUUUAGUAGAUUUGAAAGUGCUGCAGUGUUUUAUGGUAUUUAGUGCUGCUGUCGCUGAAAUGAUAAAGCUGAGGUGUUGCCGCUCCAAGACAUUUACAUUUUAUAAUAUUAGCACUUAUAGUUGAUGGGGCAGAUCUAGCAAGACACCCACUUUGUGGCAAAUGUGGCUUACAGUGACAGAACCAUGUUUAAAGAAACUUGAGCACUUCAUUACUACUGUACCUAUUCUACUGCUGUCACAUCAAUACUGAAAUGUAGUGUUUGUACAUUAUUUUUCCUGUCUGUUUGUAAUUGCAAAUUGCAAUUAACACCAUCUCAGCCACCUGAUAACUACCAAUGAUUUUAUGCACCUGUUAGCACUGGGUGUUGCUAAACUCAAUCAGUGUUGGGUGUCCACAUAUUUAUGAGCAGAUAGGGUUGGCUGGGUUUUAUCAUGAUCUUGGCAUGAUUUGAUCAAGACACUUUAGGACACACUGAGCUGGUCGAAAGCAAGAGUAAGUCAGAUGAAUUAAAAAAUGAUCAUUAGGUUUAUACCUAAUUACACAGAUUAUAUUAGUAUUUAUCUUUUCACUGUGACUGAUGAAUCACAUGGUACAGUCGGCUGUAAAUUUACACAGUUUAAUUUUUUUGUUAAGCUUCAAAAUCUUAUUUACUCCAGAGUCAUGUUCGUCAUGAAGCAGAAUCUUUUUCUUCUCCUUUAUUUCACUGGUGAGUGUAUUUUUACACAAAAAAGUUUAAUUCUCUUGCUCUCUCUCUCUCUCUCUCUCUCUCUCUCUCUCUCUCUCUCUCUCUCUCUCUCACCCACACACACAUACACACGCACAUGGGCAUAUUCAGAGUUCACCACCAUCUUAUUCAUAUUGUCACGGUCAGCCCACUUGCUGAACUUGAACUCUACAGUACGCCGGUGCGAAGUCUCAAUCUGAUUCGGCAAUCACCCUGACCCUGCCUGUCUGAUUACGAGUUUGAGUUUAAUAAAUAGCUGCAAAUGGAUCCUCAGGCUUAUGCCUCCUCAUCACACAUAUAUAGUUGUAUUAAUUAUUUAAAUAGUUUUUAUAAAAACAUUUUAAAGUCAUUUGGGAAGCAGUCUGACAGAACAAUGGCUAAAGUCAUAACUCCCGAAUUCUUUGGUUGAUUCUGUUUACUGUUUUUGGUGUUCUCCCUGUCUUCACAAAGCUUUCCUACAUGUCAUGAAAUGUAAUCCACAAUCUUGAAUUUGUUUGUUUUAUUAUCCAAUGACUGAUCAUUUGUCAGUAAAAUUUUUGGCAGAGUUUCAGCAUCUUUUUUGCAUUGUGCACAGAAUAAGCACACCUGCCUGCUUUGCAAGUACUUUUGAUAUUGUCUCUCAGGGUAGGAGAAUUCACCCAAGGUUGGGAUGUCAGUUCAUUAACAUAUCCAGUCUGAUUGCCUGUAUGCAUUUGGAGGAAACUGGAGAAUGUGGAGGAAACAUGGGUGAUCAUGCAAACUUCCACACAGACAGUAACCUGAACUUAAAUCAGGGACCCUGAAGCUGUUAGGUGGCAAUGCUACAAACUGUGGCACAAUGACUUCAUUAAAUUUACAUAAAUUAUAUAAAUAUCUUUGUAUAGUUAUUAAGGAAUGACACCAAAGACCUUUGAAACAACACAAAAUACUUAGUAGGCUUCCAAAAAAAGUUCUUUAGAAAUUCUUGUUUGUAUGUAUUUUAUUUUUCUGGAUAUUUAAGUUGUUAUACAGACAUUUCUAACAGGUGUCCCAAAAGUCUCCAUUCAUACUGUAAGAGACUAUGUAUGCCAGAAAAGUGCUUAUUUUCUACAUCAGCAAGAAGCUUUCUGGAAUUUACGUGUUGUACUUGCUAUUUCUUCCAUGUUUGGUAAUUCCAUUUUUUGCCUCUGGUAAGCAUUUGAUGGUCAUUCAAAUGCCUGUGAAAACUUCAGUGUCAUUGAAGCCAGCUAAGUUCUGGAACAGAAUAAGCUGUCUGAAGUCCCAAACUGACCCAGACGUAAAUGCCAUUCCAAGUACAUACCGAUGCCAGUAAUGUCGGCCUGGGGGCUAUACUUAGCCAGAUCUCAGCUGAAGGAGAGAAGGUGGUAGCCUAUGCCUCAAGGACCCUAAGAGGAGCAGAAAUAAAUUAUUCAACAUCUGAAAAGGAGUGUUUAGCAGUGGUCUGGGCCAUGGAAAAAUGGAGACAUUAGCUGGAAGGAAGGCAGUUCGACAUUUUUACAGAUCACGCGGCUCUGACUUGGGCCUUCAUCUGCCCCAAAACAUCCCCACGUCUGACCCGAUGGAUGGUCCGCCUCCAACAGUUCUGCUUCCAAGUACACCAUACUAAGGGCUGUCGUAAUUUAGGGCCAGAUGCAUUGUCCAGUGCUUACCUACCUGAAAAGGGUAAAGAGGUAGCCUGUUUCAUUGUGACACCUCCCAAGUAUACCUCUGACAUCCCUCACACCCUGGACGAAAUAGCUACAGCACAAGGCAGAGACAAUAACAUCACCCAUCUGCAGGCUCAUAGUAAAGACAGAAAGGUCCAGGAUCAGCAAGUUACCUUUGAGGUUCACCAUGGAGGGAAGUUCCAGUUAGUGGUCCCUCAGUCUUUAGUAACCAUCUUUCUGCAUUACUUUCACGACAACUCUCUAGGAGGACACCUGGGUAUUCUGAAAACUCUGCUGAGGCUGUUGGACAUAGCUUGGUGGCCUUCUGUCCGAAAAGACGUCUGGCUGUACGUUAAGGGCUGUGAGGUCUGCCAAAAAUACAACCCAGCGGCUUUCUGCAAAGCACCCAGGUCAAGGAACCAGGCCAUAUGCUGGGCUGGAUUUAAUGGGGCCCUUCCCAAUGAGCAAGAAGCAGAACACAUCACUCCUUGUAAUAGUGGAUUAUUUCACUAAGUGGGUAGAAAUGUUUCCUCUCAGAGAUAGUAAAUCCAAAAAAAUAACCAAAAUCCUCAGGGAAGAAAUAUUGACCCAUUUGAGGGGUUCCCAAAAAUCUGGUUUCAGACUGAGGCCCUCAAUUCACCUCCAUUAUCCUCUCAGAACGCUGUAAGGCAUGGGAAAGUAUCCAAAAACACACCACCAGCUACCACCGACAAACAAAUCUGACAGAGAGGAUAAAUCGGACUUUAAAAACCAUGAUUGCAUCAUACAUCGGACUUUACCAUCAGAACUGGGACCAGUGGUUUCUGGAGUUCCGCUUUGCUCUGAAUACGGCCCACCAAGAGACCACCGGCAAAACACCAGCGGAGCUCAUGAUUGGCAGGCAGUUACAAGGUCUAUGUAGCAGAGCCAAAUAAGGUGACACAAGGUAUAAAAACAUACAGUAACCGUUGUUUAGUGUAAGCAUUACUUAAUUGUGUUCACAGGUAAUAUGUUCUGUUUCCUUUGUGCUGGUCUGUUUCUCGCUCUCGUGAGACCGCACAGUUGACGUCACGCAACAUUGCUUAAUUUACGGGUUUUUUCCCAUAUAAGAAAGCAGACCGAUGGUGUUCAAGGUGGUGAGUUAAAUGGCGAUAGGUGCACCAGCUGUUUUUGUAAGGUUUUUGUGUGGAUUAUUAGUGGUGUUUUUUUGUCGUCUGGUGACUCACUGUGGAAUAUUCUUCACCUGUAUUGGAUUAUUCACCUGUGAGGACGCUAUUACACCCAUCCAUAAAACCGGACUUCCUAACACAUCACUACAUCCAGUGAGAUUGUGCCAAAUAAGGACAUUUCAUUCACAGAGGACUUAAGGGACACUUCACACACACACACACACACACACACACACACACACACACACACACACACACACACUUCACUUAUUGGGUUUUGAGGUAUUUUUUGUAUAUAUUUGUAAAUGGUAAUUUUGUAUAAUACACUGUCAGUGUCUGUCUGUUUCCUGGUAGGGUACUUAUAUUAGGGAGUGGUGCCCGAGUUAAUAGUGUCAAAUUUUGGGUGUAACAUACACGAGGACUGUUACACUAUUAUUGUCCUUUCUAUUCCUCUUCCUUGGGUGCAUAAAAAAAGGAUUGCAACAGCAAGGUGAAAAAACAGAUUUGAUUGUGCGGUGUAGACUUUUAUCUUUUUCAGCAGUGCCUGCUAAAUCGCAUUAAAAGUGUAUUAUGAAAUUUUAAAACAAAGUAUUACCAACAGGUCUUGUUCCAGUCAUCGUAUCCACCCUGCAAACAGUUUCGCACAAUUAUUAUCUGAUCAUGACACAGAAGUCAUGGCCAGAUGCACAGAAUUACUGCAAGGAGAUGUACACUAAUCUGGCAACAAUUGUAAGUUAUGCAGAUUAUUUACAAUUAAAGAAAGAAUCAGCAAGGAAAGGAUUGGUAGAACCUGCCUGGGUAGGAUUGUAUGACAGUGUCGAUAGUUGGCGCUGGUCCUUAAAUGACAUCCUGCUGAAGAAUAUAAAUUUUAUGAACUGGAACCCUGGAGAGCCUGAUAAUUAUGUUGCGAAAGAACUGUGUGUUAUAAUAAUGGGUACAAAUGGAUACUGGGCAGAUAAACCUUGUACAGGACUAAGACCCUUCAUAUGCUACAAUGUUAACUUCAGUGGUGCUGACAGGUUUAUUGGUGUUGCCAGUCCUCUGAUGACCUGGAAUGGAGCUCGGGAUCACUGCCGAAAAUAUCACACAGACUUGGCCAGCUCUCUUAACAGCUCAGAUCAAACCAUGUUAGCGCAGGUGUCUAGUAUCCAGGGUGAUUCCUGGUUCGGGCUCUACAGGGACAGCUGGAAGUGGUUAGAUGGCACCAAUUCUUCAAACCUUCAGUGGUACCCAGGACAACCCAGUAAUAACUGGGGUAAUGAGAACUGUGCACCAAUCUAUAAAGGGCUGUUCAUCGAUGAACAAUGCACCAACAUACACUAUUUCUUCUGUCACACCAUUUCCCCGGUGAAGAAACAGACAGUGAGACUGCAGCUGAAGUCUGACAGAAGUGUGUUCGAUCCUGUUGUACAGUCCUUUAUUUUAGAGCAGAUGAAGCAGAAACUGGAAGAACAUUUUAUGAUGGAGAAUAUUACAGUGACCUGGAGAGUGCAGCCCGAUGGAAACAUCUUCCACAAGAAAAACAAAGAACCUGUAACAUGAAAGUGAUCAAAUAUUUACUUUAGUAGGGGCAGAAAAUUAUUUUCAUGUAAGAUAUAUAAAAUGUGAUAGAAUGCAUGUGAUAGAUCAACUUUUUGUAUUUUUGAAGUUAUUAUUGAUUAUUAUAUAUUGAUUAUAAUAUAAUACAUUCAUUCAUUCAUUUUCUACCGCUUAUCCGAACUUCUCGGGCCAUGGGGAUCCUGUGCUCAGACAUCAUUGGGCAUCGAGGCAGGAUACACCCUGUACGGAGUACAAUAUAAUAUAAUAUAACAAUAUAUUGCAAGUUUUUUUUUACUUCAGUCUACCAUUUGUUUCUAUUUUCUGGAUCUCUGAACUUAGAAUUUAAAUAAUAUAAUUUAAAAGAAAUGUAAAAAGCGUUUGUCCCUAUUCUGUACCCAUUAUUGCAUUAUGCUUGUUUUGAUACACACUAAACUGUGUACUUAAUGUAAAUACAACCUCACAGAGGGAUCUUUCUAGUUUUUCGACCAAGUGUAAAUAAUUACCACCUUCUGUGGAUUUUUAAUAUUUCAUUAUUUUAUCUCCCUUUUUUCAAAAUAUUAAAACAAAAUAUUUCAGUAGGUCCCAGUUGGCCCAGUCUUGAGCCCUUUAGUGAUGGCAGUGGGUUUGUGAAGACGUGCGUCAUCACUUUUAAUCAAUUAAAAAGCAAAACAAUCAAUCAAUCAAAAAAAAGUAAAUAUACAGGUGCAUCUCAAUAGAUUGGAAUGUUGUGGAAAAGUCCAUUUAUUUCAGUAAUUUAACUCAAAUAGUGAAAUAAAAGA